AGGAUCCAAGAUGGCGGCGGCGGCCCGGCCGGGGGGACCGGGCAGGCCUGGGCUGUGAGGCGGGCGGAGCGCGGGGCGGCGGGGCUGGACGGGCCGGAGAGGCGGCGCAGGGGCCGCGGAGGGGCCGGCGGGGCGGCGGAGUUCGCGGGCGCUGUCUUGACCCCCCUUUCCCCGCGGCUCGGGGCCGGGGGGGGGCCGGCCCGCGGCCUGUGAGGGGGCGGCGCGGGGGCGGCGGGGCCUCCAUGGCCCCCUGAGGGGGUCCCGGCAGGCAGCCCGGGAACCCCCCGCUCCCCUCGGUGCGAGGGAUGGAGGAGGGGGAGCAGCAGCGCGCAGGGGGCGGCUGGGCCGAGUGGGGGCCCGGCCCGGGGGGGUCCCCGCCGUGGGUCCCCCCGCCGCCGCCCGACGGGGACGAGGAGCCCAAGCGGGGCCGCGGCGCGGAGUGGGGAGGGCCGGAGCCCUCCGGGGACGCGGGGCCCCCCCGGCCGGCGGCCGCGCCCCCCAAAGCUCCGGGGGACGAGAAGGCCGCGAGCGCCCCGCGGCCCCCCCGGACCGGGGGCGAACCGCGGGGUAAGGGCGGGGGGGGACCCGGGAAAGGACCCGGGGGGCGCCCCCCGGGCGAGGAGCGGAGCCCCCGCAAGCCCCCCGAGGAGCGCGGGGCCCGCGGCGGGGAGCGGCCCGGCCCCGAGGACAAGGCCCGGCGGCCCCUCGGGGGUCCCCGCGGCGGGGCCGGCCCGGAGCAGCGCGGGGAGUGGGGGUCGCCGUGGCUACCGAGCGAACCGGAGCCCCCCGAGGACUUUUUGCCCCCGCCGGAGUGUCCCGUGUUCGAGCCCAGCUGGGCCGAGUUCAGCGACCCCCUGGGUUACAUCGCCAAGAUCCGCCCGAUCGCCGAGAAAAGCGGAAUCUGCAAAAUCCGACCCCCGGCCGACUGGCAGCCCCCCUUUGCUGUCGAGGUCGACAACUUCAGGUUCACCCCCCGCAUCCAGCGGCUCAAUGAGCUGGAGGCGCAGACCCGGGUGAAGCUGAAUUACCUGGACCAGAUCGCCAAAUUUUGGGAGAUCCAGGGCUCCUCCCUCAAAAUUCCCAACGUGGAGCGGCGCAUCCUCGACCUCUACAGCCUCAGCAAGGUGGUGAUGGAGGAGGGUGGCUACGAGGCCAUCUGCAAGGACCGCCGCUGGGCGCGGGUGGCGCAGCGCCUCUCGUACCCGUCGGGCAAGAACAUCGGCUCGCUGCUGCGGGCGCACUACGAGCGCAUCAUCUACCCCUACGAGAUGUACCAGUCUGGGGCCAACCUGGUGCAGUGCCACGCGCGGCCCUUUGAGAGCGAGGAGAAGGACCGGGAGUACAAACCCCACAGCAUCCCCCUGCGCCAGUCCGUGCAGCCCUCCAAGUUCAACAGCUACGGCCGGCGUGCCAAGCGCCUGCAGCAGGAGCCCGAGCCCACGGAGGAGGACAUCGAGAAGAACCCCGAGCUGAAGAAGCUGCAGAUCUACGGGGCCGGGCCCAAAAUGUUGGGGUUGGGGCUGGUGGCCAAGGAUAAGACCCUGAGGAAGAAAGACAAGGACGGCCCCGAGUGCCCCCCCACGGUGGUGGUGAAGGAGGAGCCGCCGGCGGAGCCCCGGGGGUCCCCGGUGUCCCCGGGGGCGCGGGACGGGCGGGACGAGCUGCGCCACAGCCCCGAGCCCUGCACCAAGAUGACCAUGAGGCUGCGCCGCAGCCACAGCAACAGCCAGUUUGUGGAUUCCUACGUGUGCCGGAUCUGCUCGCGGGGUGACGAGGACGACAAGCUGCUGCUGUGUGACGGCUGUGAUGACAACUACCACAUCUUCUGCCUGCUGCCCCCCCUGCCCGAGAUCCCCAAGGGCAUCUGGCGCUGCCCCAAAUGCGUCAUGGCGGUGAGGGGGACAUGGGGACACCCGCUGGGAUCACCCAGUGUGGGGCACGUCCCAGCUGUGGGGCUGGGAGCCUUCCCCUGUGAUGUGAGAAGGGUCUGGGUCUGUCUGCCCCCUGCCCCCCCUGAAGCCCCGUGCCCGCAGAUGGUGCCCACGGAGCUGGUGGAGAAGGAGUUCUGGCGCCUGGUGAACAGCAUCGAGGAGGACGUGACCGUGGAGUACGGCGCCGACAUCCACUCCAAGGAGUUCGGCUCCGGCUUCCCCGUGCGCGACGGCAAACGGCGCCUGUCCCCCGAGGAGGAGGAGUACGCGGGCAGCGGCUGGAACCUGAACGUGAUGCCGGUGCUGCAGCAGUCGGUGCUGUGCCACAUCAACGCCGACAUCUCGGGCAUGAAGGUGCCCUGGCUCUACGUGGGCAUGGUGUUCUCAGCCUUCUGCUGGCACAUCGAGGACCACUGGAGCUACUCCAUCAACUACCUCCACUGGGGUGAGCCCAAGACGUGGUACGGGGUCCCGUCGUUCGCGGCCGAGCACCUGGAGGAGGUGAUGAAGAAGCUGACGCCGGAGCUGUUCGAGAGCCAGCCCGACCUCCUGCACCAGCUCGUCACCCUCAUGAACCCCAACACCCUGAUGGCCCACGGCGUCCCCGUGGUCCGGACCAACCAAUGCGCCGGCGAGUUCGUCAUCACCUUCCCCCGCGCCUACCACAGCGGCUUCAACCAGGGCUACAACUUUGCUGAGGCUGUCAACUUCUGCACGGCCGACUGGCUCCCCGCAGGCAGGCAGUGCAUCGAGCACUACCGCCGCCUGCGCCGUUACUGCGUCUUCUCGCACGAGGAGCUGAUCUGCAAGAUGGCAGCGAGCCCCGAGAAGCUGGACCUGAACCUGGCGGCCGCCGUGCACAAGGAGAUGUUCGUGCUGGUGCAGGAGGAGCGCAAGCUGCGCAAGGCCCUGCUGGAGAAGGGCAUCACGGAGGCAGAGCGCGAGGCCUUCGAGCUGCUGCCCGACGACGAGCGGCAGUGUGACAAGUGCAAGACCACGUGUUUCCUGUCAGCCCUGGCCUGCUACGACUGUCCCCAGGGCCUCGUCUGCCUCUACCACAUGGACGACCUCUGCAAGUGCCCCCGCAGCAAGCAGUACCUCAGGUACCGCUACACCCUGGACGAGCUGCCGGCCAUGCUGCACAAGCUCAAGGUGCGCGCCGAGUCCUUCGACACCUGGGCCAACAAGGUGCGCAUCGCCCUCGAGGUGGAGGACGGCCGCAAGCGCACGCUGGAGGAGCUGCGGGCGCUGGAGUCGGAGGCGCGGGAGCGCAAGUUCCCCGAGAACGAGCUGCUGCACCGCCUCAAGGGCUGCCUGGGCCAGGCCGAGCGCUGCGUGUCCGAGGCCCUGGGGCUCAUCAGCUCCCAGGAGACCGGGGUCCCCGCGCCGGCGCUGACGGUGGAGGAGCUGCGGGCGUUCCUGGAGCAGAUGAACCAACUGCCCUGCGUCAUGCACCAGAUCGGGGACGUGCAGGCUCUCCUGGAGCGGGUGGAAGCGUUCCAGGCGGAGGCGCGGGCGGCGCUGGCCGUGCCCCCCCCGGGCCCGGGGGCUCUGCAGGAGCUGCUGGAGCGGGGGUCCCGCCUGGGCGUGGAGGUGCCCGAGGGCCGGCGGCUGGAGCGGCAGCUGGCCCAGGCCGCGUGGCUGGAGGAGGUGACGGCCACGCUGAGGUCCCCCCGGGCCCGCGUCCCCCUGCCCGUCAUGCGCGGCCUCAUCCAGGCCGGCCGCACCGUGGCCCCCAGCCCCGCCGUGGACGUGGCCAUGGCCGAGCUGCAGGAGCUGCUGACCAUCGCCCAGCGCUGGGAGGAGAAGGCUCAGAUGUGCCUCGAGGCCAGGUCGUCCCAUCCCUGUCCCAUCCCUGUCCCCGCCACCAUGUCCCCACCCUGUCCCCCCCACAUCCCGCUCUCCGCACUGCUGUCCCUGCGUGUCCCCGUGUCCCCACGCCACCCCGCUGACGCCGUGUCCCCGCAGAACGGUGACCACUACCCGUGCCUGGACGACCUGGAGGGGCUGGUGGCCGUGGGCCGGGACCUGCCCGUGCGGCUGGAGGAGCUGCGGCAGCUCGAGGUGCAGGUGGGCACCGCGCACUCCUGGCGGGACAAGGCCUCCCGCACCUUCCUCAAGAAGAACUCCUGCUACACCCUGCUCGAGGUGCUGUGUCCCUGUGCUGAUGCCGGCUCAGACAGCAGCAAGAGGCUCAAGUGGCGGCAGGAGCCGGGGCUGUACCGGCUGGACGCCGAGAGCUUGGGGCUGUCAGCGCAGGACCUGCGGGACCCCGGUGCUGUGGUGAGGAGUGGGGGGUGUGGGGGGCACCCCGGGACCCCCAGGCCUGGCACUGCCCCUGUCCCUACUGUCCCCACCCCGGGAUUGGGGUGUUUGGGGAGGGGGCGCCGCGUACGACCUCGAUUCCUGUCACUGCUCGUGUUCCUUAUUCUCCCUAAAUUUGGGGGGUUUGGGGUGGGGGGCACCCACAUUUCCCCAAUCCCUGUCACCUCACACCCCUACUGUCCCCCACAUCAUGGCAUUCAGGGAUUUGGGGUGGGGGUCACACCCUGUGACACCCCCAAUCCCUAUCCCCUCUCACCCCCUGCUCUCCUCCACCCCAGAUUUUGGCGUUCAAAGGUUUGGGGUGGGGGGCACGCACAUUUCCCCAAUCCCUGUCACCUCUCACAGCCCACACCUCCCCAGAUCAUGGCAUUCAGGGGUUUGGGAGCUCCUUAG